GAGAGAGACCGGAAGUGUCAUGGCGGCUGGGAGGUGUUUUAUCUGAAAAGAAAACGAAGUGCGACAACAACAGUUUAAGCGUUUAUGAAGGUAACAGAGAGCCACAAUGGAGACAGGUGCGGUACGUCCUAAGAGCGGGUUUGCAGAUUUCCCAAUAAUAACUGAGCUACUGAGGCGCCUGUCAAUAGGUCAUUUUUUGGAGGGAGUGGGAAAGAGUUUUCCCUUAAAAAAUCCACAUGGUGCUAAAUGGAUAUUGGGAGGUGAGGAUGACACAAUUUACAAAGGAAAAGAUGCAGAAGUAAAUGGGUGGGGAAAAUUCUAUCUCCCAAAGCAAGUGAAAAUGAAGGUUAUUGGUGUAAUAGAAGGCACCUCAUGCCCAAAUGAGCAGCUUGUUCUGAUGAUCUGUGAGGAUGGGGCAUUCUAUGCCUACGAUGGAGAGGAGCUGCAUGCUGUGGCUUCAAACCUGGACCAUCUGUUGAAUAAAGGAAUUGAGUAUCCAGCAGCUAAGAGCUACUACAAGGGAGAGGCCUUCAAAGAUAUGACUAAGGAGCAGUGGGCAGAGGUGAGAAAGGGAGCUGUGGGGAAAAGGUUAGAAGAAGAACAUCGUAAACUAGUGACUGCAAAUAAGUCCAGUUUUCUGGAAAUCCUCAAAUCCACAAAACAGCACAAAGGUGUAGUUUCAUCGGGAGCAGGCACUGACAUCAGAAAAAAGCCUGAGAUUGACAUAUCACAAGAUAAGUUUGCCAAGGUGAGGUCUAAAUUUGUUGAAAGGGUGUCCAUAAGUGUUGUUUUUGAGCUUCUGGAGCACCUGCUACACCAUGGCAUCUUAAAUACAGAAGAAUGGGCCUCAUUUCGCAAAGAGUUUCCCCGAGCGGACAUGGCACGUCUCCUCUUUGACUUGGUAAUGAAGAAAGGAUGCGCUGAGACAAUGAUGGACCACCUCAAGGAAAUAGACCCAUUCCUUUACGAGUCUCUUGGUUUGCCGUGACAAAGGUGAACAGAUGUAUUUUAUAAGAAAAAAAACAAACUUUUUUCUGGAAGUAAGUUAUGCAAGUGUAAACUGGUGUUGGUGCAAUGCCCAUACUCAUACAAUAAGAUUUACACAACCAACUCAAACUAAUAUCAUUCCAUUGGUCUAACUUUUGCCAUUGUUUUUUUACAGGUCAUGCAAAGAUUGAAAGAUUUUCAUGUCAAUUGGAUUCACUCUAGUAAAUAAUUUCUACUUUUUCCAGGUAUCUGAAACUACGGAUAUAAAAGGGAGGUUGAAAAUCCCCUUUAGUUAUGCCAAAGUAUCCACCAUCUUACCAGGGGACAGUCUGCGCUGAGAGUACAUGUAAAUAAACCUCAUACCUGUCAGAUUGUUGAUUGAUCAAUGAUACUUUGAAUAGAAAUUAAAGGAAGGCUGAAGUACAGAUACAAAUGUGAGUCAACAUAUUUAUUUUAAAUUGUAAAAUUAAUAAAAUUUUUAUUUAGUUCAGUUUGUCAUCCAACAGUCAAAUUUUACAAAAAUCUAGAAACAAGUGGCCUAAGCUCCAACCAUUUCAAAAUGCAUUGCCUUAAUGAAAAACAUAACCUUCUGAGACCAGGAAAGUCAAAGUUUUGCCUUUUUUACAUUGAAUAAUCUCCUUGAUUGGAAACAGCAUGAUGCAACAUUUUUAUUAUUAUUAUUAUUAUUAUUAUUUUUUAUAUACACUUUUUUUAAUGUUCUUUGCAUUGUCCUGGCCUUAGUAUGAGCUCUAUCCAUAAACAGAAGUGGAACAACACUUUUUUUUUUUUUUUACUGUAAUGCCUUUUAUUAUAAGAUCUUAACACAACAUAUUCACUCAAAACUCACCUUUUCAGAAUAGCCUACCCACCAAAAGUAUUACUCUUCAUCUUACUUUUUACCUCUUCAUUGUUUUAUGUAUUGUAAUUACUCUUGAUUUCUUUCUUUCUUUUGUGUUCUAUGUAUUGUCUUUUUUAUCCUCUACUGUACAGUGUCCUUGGGUGUGGUGAAAGGCUCUUAUAAAGAAAAUGUAUUACUAUUAUUAUUGUUAUUAUUAUCAAACAUGUCUUCAUCACUAUUUGUUUGUGUAGUGGCAUAAGAAAACAUUAACUUUAUACACAUCACCCUUCUGAAAAAAAUUUACUACAGAAGCUUGAGUACUUGGAGAGAGCCUACGCAGAUACAUGGAGAACAUGCAAACUCCACACAGAAAGGCCCACAUGGCAAUCGUGGACCUUCUUAGUGUGAGGCGAUAGUGCUGACUACUGCACCACCAUGCCACAAUUGUAUUUCUUAUAAAUCUAUGUAAAUAUCUGUAAUUAUAGUAACACUUUGCUAAUAUACUGUACAUAUUGCCAAUUAUAAUAAAGCUGGAUGAAUCAAAAUGGACAAUAUGUAAAACUGUAUUAUAUGUGUGUAUAUGAUACUUUUUAUUACAAAGUGUAUUAUAAUGUAUCUGUUCUGAUAUGAUUUGAUAAUGAAUAAAAAUUGUUGUUUGCCAUCUAAGAGCAAAGACAUGGUGAAGUUGCGAUUAAUUCAUUCCUUUUGUAUUACUGAAUAUUAAUAUUAUGUAAAUCAGAUUAUCCAGCUGUGUUCAUCAGAUCUCAACCCUUUUGUGGAUUUUGGGUUGAAAUGUAUAAAGGGUCAUUUUCCACUAUCAAAUAUUUGGACUGAUGCAAAUGUAGUUUUUGUAGUUGUAAAAGAUGUUUGCUUAUGUUCACCAUCACAGUGGAUCUGAAAUGAAGUAAUCCAGAUGUGA